UACACACACACACACACACACACGCACACACUGAAGUUGGCACUAAAUGGCGAAAACGCACACAGUACACAGCUGAGCACACGAGACUGAAAGAAGAAGUAGAGGUAGGAAAAGGGGAAAAACAAAUAACUGCUCCCGUGUUGUGAAUCUGUGGAACGGUGAACACUGCUCCGCCUCAUGCUCGUUUUUUCAGUCCGAGAGGAAAACUUCUCCAUUUCAAAGACGGAAACAAUAACGAUAAAGGCACCAGACGGUUUUACAGCCAGAAACCACAAACAGAUGUACAUUAGAGCAGAGACAUCCGUUUGAGGAGACUGCAAACCGCAUCUGAGAAAGAUUUCGCGGGAUGGGGAACAGCAGCAGUGACAGGUCCAGCGGGGGUCAGGGGGAGAGGUCAUACAGAGAUGGACAGCAGGGAGGGAAAGAGGCAAGUCCCAACAUCCUGAUGGACAGCACAGAGGACGCAGACCUUUUCCAGAGAGAAGAUCAAAAGGCUCCACAGGAAAUACAGGAAUUUCUGGCCUGGCAGCAGGACCUGGAGAGCGAUAGCAAAAGCCAGACGCAGGACAGACCAACUGUGUUCAGGUGGCCGGGGGUCGCCAAGGAAGUCUUCGUGUCUGGCUCUUUUAACAACUGGGCCACCAAGAUCCCCCUCAACAAAAGUCAGAAAAACUUUGUGGCUAUUGUGGACCUGCCAGAGGGAGAGCACCAGUACAAGUUUUGCGUAGAUGGUCAGUGGACCUUGGAUCCUACAGGGGCCGUGAUGACGUCUAAAACUGGAACAGUUAAUAAUGUCAUACAGGUGAAGAACACUGACUUUGAAGUCUUUGAUGCCCUCAGGAUCGACUCACAGGAUUCUGCAGACAUCUCUGACUUGUCCAGUUCCCCUCCCGGCCCCUACCAACAGGAUGCGUAUGUAAACAAACCAGAAGACAAGAUCAAGCAUCCUCCUAUUUUACCUCCCCACCUGCUGCAAGUGCUUCUCAACAAGGACACAGGUGUCUCUUGUGACCCGACGCUGCUUCCAGAGCCCAACCAUGUGAUGCUCAAUCACCUGUACGCUCUCUCCAUCAAGGAUGGGGUGAUGGUUCUCAGCGCAACACACAGAUACAAAAAGAAGUAUGUGACCACUCUUCUCUACAAGCCAAUAUAAUCCACAGAGCCAUGAUCCAGCCUCUUAUUUUAAAAUAAUAAAAAUGUGUCUGUUGUUGUACACA